GACUGUUUUAAGCUUCCUUGUAGUGCAUGGUUAAUGCGAAUAGCGGGUUUUUGUAGUAAUGCGAGGGUCGCUACGUCAGUGUUGACAGCCUCUAGCGUUAUACGUUAGAAGCUUGAGUGUCGUACCCCCCGCUCGCAACAGUAUGAAGUGGCUUUAGCAUUUUUCUAUUGCGGAUCCCGGAUUUGACAUUUUUCUUAGGGCGAGUUUUUUGAAUGGGAAUUACUGAGUAUUCUCGGAAUGUAGCUUGAGGCAUGUCUGCGUUCUCCAAAGAGAGUGAAGAUUGUCUUGGGGGCUGCUGUUUGGGUUAUUGAUGUCACUGACCCGAUUGGUUAUGCUUCUAGAAGCGGAUGCAGGUGACAUAUGUGCCUGUUUUAGGGUUAAAUUUGGAUCGGAAAGGUCCAUUGUAUUUCAGAGUGCAACGGUUUGAGAUUGCUGGAUUCUGAGUAGCCCAUACUUCGAUCGUAUAAUUCUAUGUGUGAUUUCUGCCUGAUCGUUGCCAUGGGCUGAACAGAAGACGCGGCGGUGAGAGAAUUUGCUCUACCUAGGAUGUCAAGAGAGCAUGCAUUGCUCUCUCUUUGAUUCUGGAGUGAUUUAUGGUGGUGUAGAAGAAAAUGAGGGGUAGAUAGUUUGAGAUGAAGGGUGAGUCCCGACGGAGGAGUGGCUGAAGCAGCUGCUAAGAGUGUCAUGGGCACUCCCGAGUUUUUCAUCAUGGAGGAAAAGACAACUGGAAGUGAUGUGAUUCUUGAACCGUUGGUUGUUCCUGAGUUUGUCAUUCUCAGUGAAUCAUCCCCUGUUCAGGAAGCCGAUCUUGGCUUACAGAGAAGGUUUGAUUUGGCGUUUGGCGAAGUAAAAUACUUCAAACCUGACUUAGUCGUCUCCAAGCCCAGCGCCCCAAGUCUGGAUAUCUCUGUUAGGUCAGAGUCUGCCAUCCCAAAGCGUUGCAAUUGUACUCAGUCUCAUGAGGAGAGCUGCAAAAACUGUAGUUUUCCGGAGAUGCUUGGUUCGGAACAAUCGCAGGUCACAGCCAGCUCUUUGAAUUCGUCGGGAGGAAAUGGUUUGACCGCCUCGGAGGGUGAUGAAUCUUGCAUUCCCGCUAUUUCUGUGGCAGAGAACGUGAUUGACAAGAUUCUUCCUGGAGAAGAUGGCCGAAACAUUCCCACACCAGAUACUCCUGGCUGUGGAGGCAGUACAUCGUCUUCUGAAAUGAAAGAGGUAGGAUUAGCAAUGAACGACGACUCUACCUAUCUUUCCACAUCUCUAGAUUCUAGCAACCUUGCCACACCAACUGGGGAGUCACGGGAAAUUCCCAAAUCCUCACUCACGAAGGAAAAGUCCCUCACGGAGGACCUCACUGAAACCCUAAACCAUAACGAAGGAGGUGUCUCAAAGAGUAUGAUUGUGGCUGUAAAUUCUAAGCGGAAAUUUCAGCACUUGUCGAACAGCGAGUUUUGCAGCAACUCCGGCUCACCAAAGUCCAGGGAGAUGUCCGGUGCCCAGCUGAGGAUCUUCGUGGAUGGGGAUGAGAGAGAUGUGACCAAUGAUGCAGCCGAGGAGAGGCGAAAGAGUCUCAUAAAUGCAGCAAUAGCAGCUGAUCUUCCCAAGUUUAAAUGGGGUGACCUUGACAUGGAAGACCUAGAAAAUAUGCAAGCCGUAUCCAAGAAUGGCGCAAAUGUUGAUUCGAGAUCUCUUGUAGCUUAUAAGGAAUUUCAUGAAGAUGUACGGUUAGACGCAGGAUUUGAUUCUCAGGAGAGUGCUUCACCGGGUGUUGAGCAGGAACUUAGAGGACUUGAAUUCUCUGGUGGGAUCAAGGAGCAAAGAAGCGUUUGCCCAGUAGGCCAGCAAAUCGACUUUCCUGGUUUUGUUGUGCCUCUUGCAGAUUUGCAGGAGGAGGUCGCUGUUGCAGCGCCUGUGCAAACUUCAACACAGAAGAUGAACCCUGCUGAUCUUAAAGAAUCUGUAGAAGGAGCAUUUCAGGAUGUUGAGGUUUAUAAUAGCGACACUCCUGGCUUAGGUGAACGUGUUUCGGCUGCGGAAGUGCCAGAGCUUAACGAACAGGCUUUGAAAGAUGGAAUUAGAAAUGUGGAAGAGUCCAGUGACAAUGCUAUGGCUUUGGUACCUGUUACAGAUGAAGCUUCAUGUGAAAAUUAUAUACCUGACAGUGCUGGAGGAGCGGAAGCUGGGGAAGGCAAGGAAAGGUUCCGUCAGCGCCUAUGGUGCUACUUAUUUGAAAAUAUGAACAGGGCCAUUGAUGAACUCUAUUUCCUAUGUGAGCUCGAGUCAGACGUCGAGCAGAUCAAAGAAGCCCUACUAGUUUUGGACGAAGCAGGUCUUGAUUUUAAAGACUUAAAAGCAAGAGUUGAGGGCUUUGACCGAGUGAACAAAGGCCCUGGUCUACCCCGACCAGCCUCGGCUGCGAGUACUAGCAGCUCUGUAUCAAGCAAAGGGGACCCUCAACAGAGACGCCCUCACGCCAUAGCUUGGGAGGUACGUCGUAUGGCAUGCUCUCAGGAGCAAGCUGACUUGCUGUCCUCAUCACUAGAGGCUUUCAAGAGAGUUCAUGGUUCCCUACAGUUCGGUAGUUCGCAAGGUAGGAGAAGGGACACCUCUCAGCUUCUCUCUCCAGAGUCAGAGAAGCUUGCCCACUCUGAGUAUGUCAAGUUGAAGGAAUCUGUUGCAGCUUCCCGAGAAAUCCCUGUCCCAAGCUCCAAGGAAAUCCCUCCUAGAGCAAAGGAUUCAGUAGUUACAUUCAAAAACACCACCCCAAAGCCUAAUGAAGUCCCUCCAAAUCGUAGAGAUGCCUCCCUUAAGUCUAAUGAUGACACUCCCAAUUGUAGAGAUGUUCCUUCAAAGUCUAAGGAAGUCGUUUCCUCUAUCAAAGAACUGCCAGCUAAAGUGAAAGAUGGUAUUAUAUCUAAAAUCACUGAUACUAAGCUUAGGGAAAAUCAAAACUCACGGUUCUUGAGUAAGUCUUUAAAUAUAGGACCCCCUCGUGCAGAUAGACGACAAGCAUAUACUAGUGAGAAUUUGUCAUCUGCACGAGCUACUGCUUCCCCGAAGCAGAAAGAAUCGCUUCGGAGGAAAGGGAGCUCAAUCAGUGAUAGCGAGCUGCUUACCAAUCGAAGCAUUGAUUCUGCCAGCAAGAGAUCAGCACCCAGCACUUCUAUUGACAGAUUCAUGAGUCCCACAGCGUCUAGUGAGCAGCGGGCUUCCUCCAGAGAGAAGCAGUUAAGUGUGGAGAAAGGGGCCAAGACCGCUCUUGAGGCGUGGAAGGAGAAGAGAAACUGGGAAGAUAUACUCUCUACACCACUUAGUCGGUCAUCACGCGUGUCGAGAUCCCCAGGGCCGGGGAGAAAGAGCACAGAGCGAGUACGUGUGCUGCAUGAUAAGCUUAUGUCACCUGAGCGUAAAAAGAGGAGCCCUUUAGAAACUAAGAAGGAGGUGGAUGGGAAGCAAGCUCGCGCUACAAGGAUACGCAUGGAGCUGGAAAAUGAGAAAGUGCAGCGGCUGCAGAAGACAACGGAGAAAUUAACUAGAGUGAGUGAGUGGCAGGCAGUGAGGAGUAACAAGCUCCGGGGUGGUAUGCAUGCUCGGCAGCAGCGUGGAGAGUCUCGGCAUGAAGCUCACCUAGCCCAGAUUGCCAGGAGAGCGAGUGAUGAGAGUAGUAAAGUGAGUGAGGUGAGGUUCAUCACUUCUUUGAAUGAAGAGAACAAGAAGUUGGUGUUGCAGCAGAAGCUGCUAGAUUCAGAGAGCCGGCGUGCUGAGAGGCUGCAGAGCUUGAAGUUGAAGCAAAAGGAAGACAUUGCGAAGGAAGAAGCUGCGCAAGAGAGGAGACGGCAACUGGAGGCUGAGAGACUGCAAAGGAUUGCAGAGGUGCAGCGACGGAAAGACGAGGCGAAAGCUAGGCGAGAGGAGGAGAGAAAAGCUGCGAGUGCAGCAAGGGAGGCCCGAGCCGUAGAGCAUGUAAGGAAGAAGGAAGCCUGGGCUAAGGCGCAGCAAGAAGAAGCUGAGUUACUUGGUCAGAGACUCUCGGAGAGACUGAGAGAGAGUUCACUGCGGCGAAAAAUAUAUUUGGAGCAAAUCAGGGAGCGGGCUAUGAUGGACUUUGACAAGCAAGACAAGCGCAGCCGGGAGACUCUGAGUGAAUUCUCUGGGAGGACUCGCGAUCAAGGCUCUCCGUUUGGGAGGCGAACCUCAAGCCGAGAGAAAAGCUCUCCUUACCAAAUAUUGGAAAAUGAAUCCGAAAGAGAUACACCCUUGGGUAGAGGGCCAACUGGUGGCAAAAGACAAGCCGGUGUAGGGCUGAUCAGUUUGGUAGGAGAUCGCGACAAUGUCUAUUUGCAGGUAAUCAAGAAAAGAGUGAAGCGAAUUCGGCAGCGGUUGACAAGCAGGAAAACUGAAUUUAAUGAGCCCCCUUCUGGUAUUGAGGGCCAUGGUCUUGGUACUGCAACUGUCGCAGGUGGAGCUCGUUCGAAGAUAGGGCGAUGGAUGCAAGAGCUGGGACGACUGCAGGCAAUGCGCAAGCCUGGAAGUUUGACUUCCAGUGGCUUGAUCAUCUCCGAGAUUAUAAAGUAUUUGGAGGAAAGAGAGCCUGAGCUUCACGCUGCUCGUCAGCAAGGCCUUGUUGACUACAUUGCCACAGCACUCCCAGCGUCCCACUCUUCCAAACCCGAAGCCUCAGCCUUCACUGUGGCCUUACUCCGCCUUCUGAUGGUAGUUCUCUCGCUUCCCGCGAAUCGGAGCUACUUCAUAGCUCGCAAUUUGUUACCUCCUCUCAUUCCUAUGCUAUCCACGGCUCUGGAGAAUUUCAGCACCAGUGACUCCGUAAACAACCAAGGAGUACUCUCACCCGUCACCUGCAGCCAGACAAAAGAAGUCCCUGCUUUUUCUUCUGAGAACCAAUCCGCUUCUGUCUUGAUUCUGAAAGAGGAGAGUAUGUCUCAAGAGGAAAAAUCGGAAGUGAUGCAAGCAGCGCUAGAGGGAUUGCUGUGGGUUGUUUUAGCUAUCAUCGGCCAUUCCUGCGUUGAUGAUCACCUAAUUCAAAUGCAAGAGGAUCUUGCAGAGCUAGUCGUAGCUUGCGAGGUCCUUCACAAACUAAAGAACCUCUUUGCUCUCUUUGAUCGGCCACAAAUGGAAGGAGCUGCAAUUCCUGGUCCUGUUCUGCUAGGUCUGCGGUUGCUGGAGACUUUGACUGGGCCGAGGGGGAAGGCGCUAACAGCUGCUCAUGAGGCCCCAGUCAACAUCGUAGGCCGCUCUCCGCAGCCACCUCCGGAAGCAGAGAGCGGUCAGGAAGAUGCAGGAGCGCAGAAGCUGGAUGGUGUAAGGGAGGAAUGCGUAAAUGAGAACUCCUGUGUGCUUGGUAGCUUUGGAGCAUCUGACGAGACGAAGGUGGAGAAGCCCGAGGCCAAGACUAAUGAUUUGGCUGCGGUAAGCUCUACCAUACCCCAAAUGGACGAAAAAAACCAAAAGAACUUGAAUCGCUCUACAAAGUUCCUACUCGAGGCCAUUGAGGAGACGGGGCUUGUUGGUUUACCUUCAUUGUUGACAGCUGUUCUUCUCCAGGCCAAUCCCCGGGCUACACCAGAGCAGGCUGCAACUGCUCUCCCAUCCAAUUUCGAGGAGGUGGCUACUAGUGUUCUGCGGGUGUUAAAUAAUGUCGCCAGGCUCGACCUCUCACUCGUACAAAACAUGCUGGCUUUACCAGAUCUUAGGAUGGAGUUCUUUCAUCUUGUCAGUUUUCUCCUGUCUCAUUGUACCUGCAAAUGGAAGAGCACUACAGAUCAGGUUGCUGCAUUGCUUAUGGAAACCUUACUACUUCUUGGCUAUGCUGCGUUGCUGCAUCCUGGCAAUCAAGCUGUUCUUCGAUGGGGCAAAAGUCCUACAAUCCUUCAUAAGAUGUGUGACCUGCCAUUUGCAUUUUUCAGCGAUCCGAAGCUGACACCCAUUUUGAUCGGAACUCUGCUGUCGGUCUGCUACGGUAGCGAGCGCAAUCGAGAGGUUGUUCAGCAAGAGCUAAGUAUGGACUUGCUACUUGGGUUCUUGAAAAAUCUAAAGCAGCCUCCAAUUCCAGCUCCUGCACCGGAUAUGAGAUCCGAAGACGAUGAGACAUCAGUGAAAUCGAAGCCAAAAUCCGCGUCUGAGCCAGAAUCAGCUCCCACUACAGCACGUGGGCGGACUCGCCAUAAGUCUCUUUCUGAUGCAUUUUUCCCAUCACCGAAGAAACCUAAUCGUUUGCUCACAAAAAGCUCACUAAACUUGAGCUCAAGCAUGAGCAUGGUCUCCUCUGAUGGUGACAGCAUUUCUAAGGAAUUUAAGAGUGGGAACUCGAGCUUUAGGAACAUGAGUGGUCGGGUUGCCCCAAUAACCGAAUCACAGACUGCAGCAAAGAGAUCAAAGGGCGCUGCUUCUGGUUUUCCUUCUCCAUCUCUUUCCAUCAGAUCUAUGAAUCUUUCCCAGACACAGACCACUCCUGUGACUAAUGUUGCAUCUCAAGACGUUAGUGCCUUAUCUUCUACAAGCCCUGCAGUCCUAUCGCUGCGAAACCGGUUUCCACAGAACUUGUGGUCAUAUGCCGAAGAUUUCUUUUCAACAAGUCCGUGUGUGGAAAAUGUUUUGAAUAGUACAUAAAGAUCCUUACUGAGUAAGAAGGUGUAAGCUAAGAGGAAUAGCCUCCAGCAUUUUCAAGAUCCCGGGUGCAGAUGUAUUAGUCUACAGAGAAGAGUUUCCGCUCCAGGACAGUGGCUACGUACAAAUUUGAAGUGGCAGUCACUGCUCCGUAUAUCCACGUUGAGCUUCUUGAGGUAGCUGUUUUGAAGUUGGUAAUGGGGUUCGUUGCAACCUCAAGAUGCCGUGUUUUUAUCUGUUAAGGUCGACAACCGGAAGUUUUGUUGGAUCCCCUAUGUAUCAAACAUGGGGUCGAAUGGUGAGCAGCCCAGAGUGUGACGAGAAUCCCCUCUGCACUAUGGUGAGUUGCUGUAAAGGAAGUGAUUACUUCUAUCCACUAAGGCUGGGUGAGCCUUCGGGUUUGCCCCUCUUUUCUUGGAGGCUAAUGAAGCCCCCAUUUAUCUGUUUUGACAAAAUUCUUUCAUAUUCUGAUUCAGAUACCCAUAUCUACUUAGUGUGCGUCCCCGAAAGAUCAUUCAAGAACCUAAUUAGAGAGCAGAAUUUUUCUCCAAUGAGGUCCACCAUAGGCAGCACAGCAGGGAUACAAGGACACCCUUUAGUCAGCCGAAUCUUGAAAUUUAAGAGAUUUUCUACUUUCUAACAGGCAUUAUAUGAUUGGUUAAGAAAUGGGAAUUGCCAUGUAAGUUUCAGAUCCAAGUGAAUUAUAGUUUUGAAACAGCCAGUAUUCAGAGUAUCAGGUUCAAGUAUGUACCAAAGUAUGAACUCGUUGGUUUUUUGUUUUCUACUUCAAAUCACAAUUCUUAAACUA